UCAUUCAGAGGCGUAAAAAAACCCACCUUAACACAGUUCUCAGCUGCUUGUGGGCUACAUGCAUUUAUGUAAGCCAAACUUAUUUUCUAGACGAAUGAAUUCCGAACAUUUUGUAACAAAAAGGACAAAGGGAUACGCUUGAUGGACAAGCAUAAUCACAGGCGCAGCGAGUUGGAGCUCUCGCGCGAAGGUAACACGCCCCCGCCCUGACGUUCCCGGUUGCCAUGGCAGCACGCGCCGAGAAGACGAAAAGGGGUGGGGCUAGGUGUAGACUCCGGCGAGCGCUGCGGCUGCAGAGGACCAGGAGCGCGCAUCCGCCGCAGGUCUGCCUUCUCCCAAGAUGAGCAACCUCCAGGGGGACAAUAAGCUCCCUCUUUCUGAAGCCCCGGCCCUCGCUGCUCCCGACCAUACUCCAGGAGGUGCGGACCUAAACCAGUGCGAGGGAUUCUGUGCGGGAACAGAAGAGACACAGGCAAUGGCGGACACAGGUGGGGUCGGUGUGGAAAGCGCUGCGGAGGGAGGUGCACCCCGGGAUCCCGUGGACUGCGGUCCCGCGCUCUGCCUGCGCGUUGCUGCGAAUAGCGGCGGUGCGGUGAGCAAAGCAGGACAGGAAGAUGCUGUGUCUCCCACGAAGGGCUUGGAAGCCGGCUCUGCCUCCGUGGCAGCAGACAACAGCCAGAAAAAUGGCUGUCAGCGUGAAGAGCCGCGCAGCUCUGCUGGGCAGAAGGCUCUAGAAGCCGGUGGCGCAGGGGGGUUGGGGUCUCAGAUGCUGCCCGGGGCGAAGGCCAAGGAAAUGACUAAAAAGUGCGCCAUCGCUGUGGCAGAGGGAAAGGAGGGAGAAGCUGAGGUGGGGAUGGAGGAAAAGAAGGCGGCACCGAAGGAAAAGAAGGUGGUAGGAGGGGCGAAAGAGGAGGCUCGUCCCAGGGCGCCAAAGAUCAAUAAUUGCAUGGACUCGCUGGAGGCCAUCGAUCAGGAGCUGUCUAACGUAAAUGCCCAGGCAGACAGGGCCUUUCUUCAGUUGGAGCGUAAGUUUGGCCGGAUGCGAAGGCUUCAUAUGCAGCGCAGGAGCUUCAUUAUCCAAAAUAUCCCAGGUUUCUGGGUCACUGCCUUUCGGAACCACCCCCAGCUGUCACCUAUGAUCAGCGGCCAAGAUGAAGACAUGAUGAGGUACAUGAUUAAUUUGGAAGUGGAGGAGCUUAAACAUCCCAGAGCAGGCUGCAAAUUCAAGUUCAUCUUUCAGAGCAACCCCUACUUCCGAAACGAGGGGCUUGUCAAGGAAUAUGAGCGCAGAUCCUCUGGCCGGGUGGUGUCUCUCUCCACUCCAAUCCGCUGGCACCGAGGCCAAGACCCCCAGGCUCAAAUUCACAGGAACCGGGAAGGGAACACUAUCCCCAGUUUCUUUAACUGGUUCUCGGAUCACAGCCUCCUAGAGUUCGACAGGAUUGCUGAGAUUAUCAAAGGGGAACUGUGGUCCAAUCCCCUACAGUACUACCUGAUGGGUGAUGGGUCCCGCCGAGGAAUUCGCGGCCCACCAAGGCAGCCAGUGGAAAGCCCCCGGUCCUUCAGGUUCCAGUCUGGCUAAUCUCUACUCUCCUGAGAAGCUCCUGCCACUCCCUCUUGGACCUACGCUUCACCAAUAGCAUGCAGUCUUCUGUCUGCUUUCUCUUCAUACUGGAUCACCUUGUCCUUUGGAUCUUCUGAAUCUUCAGCAGAUUGUUGCUUAUCUGCCUGUGUUCUCCCUCUAGGCCUUCACGCUGUUCUGCAUCCUGUUGCUGUUCCAAGUGCAUGGCCUUCUAAUGCUUCUAUGCCAAGCUCCUGAUGCUGUAGAUACAGACUUUCUUUGCAUGGCUUGGGCCCUGUCUGGGACCAUGGUCAUCUUCUGGUUUUGUAAGUGGUUUUCUCCCACAAGGAAGCUUGACACAUCUUUACAAAUAACUAGCUGGACUUCAUACUUAAUGCUGCUGUGCUCCUGAUACUCAUGUACUUUAGGCAUGUCCUGAUUUUCACCACUGCAAGAUGAAACUUGAUAUCCCAAUGCAGCCAUCAGCCCAAACUGGACAUUCCAGGCUACCACUGACUGAAUUCCAGCUGCCUUCCAGGCCCUAUGCCAUCUACGCUGCUAGUUACUUGGUAGAACAAGCAGGUGGCUGGUGGGUGACUGCUAGGAAUGAAUGAAGUAACAGAUGAGAGGUGUUCUGUGUUAUCACAUGGUGCCCUUUCUUUCCCUUUGGUUACUCUGCUUUGUGACCAGCUGCUGGUGAGUAUGAAGGCCUGUGCUGUAGCUCACCCCUACUUGCUCUCACCUGGUUGAGUUUAGCACAGGUCACCAUUGUCUGCCUCCUCAAGAACCAUCUGUAGACUUGGUUCCCAGGCAGCAUGCAGGAAACCCACACCUGUACCCUAAUUGGCUGUUAGGCAGUUUGGCCUGGCUUAAGUGACAGUGCCCAAACCAAUGCCGAGACAAAUGUCUUCCAACAGUUAGCUUUACCAAGCCCUAACCAACAAACCAUCCUUAAUCUGGGCAACUUUGUUAGGCACCACCCCUCAUCACCCUCCCACACUCAUUCUGAACAUAACAAAGUUGCCAGAGUGGGGGAACUGAAUAGGUGGUUGUUUCUGGAAUGUGGAGUUUCUCAAACCUAACACUCCUCCUUCCCUUUCUCUUUCUGAAGCGAUUACAGCUCAGAAACAGAAAAUAAAACUGGCAGAGCAGUCUUUUUGUUUAAUUUGCUCUCUUGGUUUUGUCCAAAUACUGUAAAACAGACUUCAGAUCUCUUAUUGCUCUCAUCCGCCCACUCUAAUUGCAUUAGGAAGAUCUACAAGUUUCAAAGGGAGAUCUCUAAUUAUUUAAGGGCAUUGUUCUUUUAGGCUAGCCUUGUCAUCCCUCCCACCCCUCAAUUCAACCAAAACUUGUGUGUUUCUUGAACUUUAGUUUGAGAAGCUAGGAGGUGGGGUUCAGGACAGGUCUCAAACAAGAUAUGAGCUAAAGCAACCAAAACUUAGCUUUACUGGCAAUUCUUUCUUGGGCCUUGGACUUCGUAGAAAUGAUCACGCAGUUGGAUUUUGUGGGUCACCCUGUCCUUUAUCCUAUUUUAUUAGUGCUCUGUUUUCCCAUGGGCCUCCAGCCUACUGCCUGGCCACCUUGUCCCUCAGGUUUCAGUUCUGCAUUUCCUCCCCUUCUUCUCUUCUAACAAACGAGGGAGCAGACUGCAGUCGGCCUCGUGGGGCUAAGGGGAUAUGUGGAGUCCAUCAGAAUUUCCAGGGUAAGUUCCAAUAGGUGGGGCAGUGGCAGUGUUAGGGCUGUCUUAGGUGUGAGGGUAUCUGGUGGUGCUGAUGACCACACACCUUUGCCCUUUUCCCUUCCAUUUUGAAGGCUUUGCCCUGAGUCUUUGAGGAUUUAUGAGGUCUGGACACAAGCAGCAGAAAGGACGCAUUAGGUUGGGGAAACUAAGUAAAACUCAGAAGUAGAAAUGAUCCCAUUGUGGAGUGGGCUUGGAAAGACCAACAGAAAAGCAAACCCUGCAGGAUCUGAGGUGGAAGGGGAGACUCCUGAGGCACUUUCCAGGGUACAGGCGAGGAAUCAAAGGGGCUGGAGUUUAAAUGGGAUGUUCAUAGAUUUUUCUCAAGUUUUUCCUUACUCAGAUUUGCCAUACUUGUAAACAUAAAUCCAAGUCUGAUGUCUUCUGUUAUUCUAGGAGUGACCUUUAUUUAUGUGGAAGAGUAAUGGUGAAUGCUCCUUAUUUCACUUUAAGUAAAAUCCUAUUCCUCUCUCCAUUUCAGCUUAAUGGCAAAUUUGAUGUUUACAAGCCUACUUUUUGCUUGUAAUUGAGAACAUGUACAAAAAUACGUUUGUGUCCUGUGAAGUCUGAAGACUUCCGUGAAUAUUCAGUAAUUAGCUUGUUCUGGUCUCUGUUCAUAUAUAGCUUUAUUCUUAGAAAUAUAACCUGAAUAAUGUGAUCUUUGAAGAGUCUUAAGAUUUUACAAAUUGUUGCCAAGUCUUGUGAAACUAGUCUUAAAAUGAAAAAUAUAACUGUUGUCUUACUUGAUAUUUCUUGCCCUAGUAAUAAUGUACUUGACUUAUAUGUUCCUAACCAGUUUAAGUACUAGUAGUACAAUUACUCUGUCAAACUAAACAAGGCACACUAGUACUUUUGUCUUCUAUGUGCUUGAAGGAAAAAUGAAGCAUAUCACUACUAUAUUUCUUGUUUUCACCAAAAAAUAAAAAUAAAUGGAAAGUUC